ACGACUAGGUAUUUUGCUUAAUCAUCCUGCUGAUAAUUUACCAUUCAUGUGAAUAGAUUUUACUGUUGGACGGAAUCUUUUCCGCUUGAAACGGAAAAUGACAUUCAAAAUUUUCCUUAAACUACGGCAUUAUCGUAAUAGGACAGCUCUGCUACUGUCCUUUCUCACUUCGCAAGUGAUUUCUGUGUAAAUUAUGGAGAAACAGCUCGUUAAAUACUCUGUGGUGGACGCGUUCACGGACUCAGCCUUCAUGGGAAACCCAGCAGCGGUAUGUUUGCUAGAGGACGAAAAAAAUGAGAAAUGGUUGCAAGCUGUAGCUACUGAAUUCAAUCUGUCUGAGACCUGCUAUUUGACUCGCAUUACUGAUGGGGAAACUGUUUCUUCAAAUCCCAGGUUCCAUCUCAGGUGGUUUACUCCUGUUGCUGAGAUUCGUCUUUGUGGUCAUGCGACUCUAGCAGCUUCACACAUACUGUUCUCUAAUGGCUGGGUAAAUUCUAGCACAAUUGAAUUUGUCACACUAUCUGGGUUUCUAAUUGCUAAGAAAGUUACUGAAAUCAGCAAUCGUGAAGCAAAACAGGGCUUUUUCAUUGAAUUAGAUUUCCCUGUCACCCCAUUAACUGAUGAAUUCAAUUCUGUUGACAUUUCACAAAUUUCAAAAGCCCUAAAUGGUGCUUCCAUAAUUGAUGUGAAGAAGACUACUACUGAGGGUGACCUCUUGGUUGUGGUGCCCUCUGCUAAAGCUGUUACAGAGAUACAGCCAAAUUUUGAUGAGAUAGUAAAAUGUCCUGGAUUAGGGAUUAUUGUUUCUGCAGUUGCUCUGCUGGAGUCUGGAUUUGAUUUUUAUAGCCGAUACUUUGCUCCUAAAAUUGGGAUCUAUGAGGAUCCUGUUACUGGAAGUGCACAUUGUGCUUUAGCCAACUAUUGGAGCAAGAAGCUAGGGAAGUGUGAUUUUAUGGCAUAUCAGGCAUCAUCUAGAAGCGGAACAUUGAACAUUCAUUUGGAUGAGCAGAGGCAGAGAGUGCUGCUGCGAGGGAAAGCAGUUACUGUGAUGGAAGGUUCUCUUCUAGUUUAGAUUUUGAAGCUAAUUUGAAUUGUGAAAUAAUGUCAGUCAUUGUAUUGCAGAAUCUUCCUUGAAUUUGUAUGUCUGAAACCUGGUUUGGCACCUUUAAAUGAUAUGAUGAGAUCUUAUGUUACUAAAUCGAACUCGAUGGGUUUGGAUUGGGGGGCUAAAUCAGAACAUUGGGGAGUUUUGAGAAGAGUAAUCUAAGAACCACGAGGUAGUCAACCUAAGGCUCUCCUAACUGCCAACUGCAAACAGCCAGAUGAACGAGCACGAGGUAAUCAAUACGUCAAAAAGAUUCGUGACCAAUCCUUAAUUUUUCAUUAAUAAAAAGUAUCAGAUUUUUUAUUAGCAGAUAGCUGUAAUAAAUUUCUCAUGCAACAGUCCUUAAUCAUCUUUAAUUGACAGUGGAUCGAGAAUUUAUAUCUGUGUUAAUUAAGACAAUCAAUUCUUAAUCAUAUAAAACCACUCCACUGAAUUUCUCAAGUCAUCUCUCCCAAAAGAAUACUAUCAGAAGCAUAGCGGAGGCAUUUCUCCAAUGGCUAAUAAUACUCAGGUUUGUGUUCUGAAAAUGAACAUAAAUUGUGAAGCUUGUGAGAAGAAGGUUAAGAAAUUCUUGCAAAAAAUCCAUGGUGUGCACUCUGUCCAGAUAGAUGCAAAUGAGGGAAAGGUGACAAUCUCAACCACCAGAGACCCUGAAAUAUUGGCAGAAGAGUUGUUUAAAAAGGCAGGAAAGAAAGCAAAGGUUUUAUCGAAACAGAACUCCCUUGUUAACAACGAAAACUUAAACAAUGCCGAUGGAUUUGAACAUGUUCAACUGAAGCAACUGGAAGAAUUUUCCAAGAACCCAAGGCUGAAACAAGUAGAGGUUGCCCACAUAAAAAAAAUAAACAUGAUUUUCAAAGACAACAAUGAUGCCGACUCGAGUCGUACUGAAAAUAACCUGCCUGAGCCUAAGCCUAAAGUGGAGAAUGGACCAGCCAAACCUGCCGAUAAUGCUGGCCCAAGUCAAUCUAGUGACGGUGGAGGCAGCGGUGGUUCAGAUUCUUCUCACCAUGAUUUCGAAAUUACUUGUGGUGGUGCUGGCAAAGGUUCGUGUGAGGAGAAAGCAAAGAAGCCACUACUGCCACCCAAUAGUCCUGCCACUGUUCCUCAGACACCACCAUCGCCACCGGCAAACCCCCUUUAUGCUGACGUAAACUGCGAACAUAUGAGUUGCACCAUUAUGUAAGCUUCAACAAAUCUUUUAUUAAGGAUUUUCUUUUUAUUUCCUAUGAAUAAUGAUAUGACACUACUGCUACAUUGCUUUCAAUUGUAACAACAAUAAAUUACGUUAUAAAUUAGAAGUUGUCAAA